GCCAACGAUGGCGCAGCGCCGGCAGUACCAGGCGAGGAACUCGCCGGCGAUGGAGUGGAAGGCGAGGGAUCCGGCGACGAGGCCUUCGGAUUUAUCCGAGAAUGGCAGGUAUUGCAAGCCGGGGUUGGUGUUUGUAGCGUAUUUGCCGCAGGAUGAGGCGAAUUCCUCGCAAGCGCUAGAGAUUAUCGAUUUUCUCAACGCAGAGCUCAGCCGGCUUUUGAGAAUGAAGGCGCGGGAGUUUUGGGAAGAAGUUACUGCGAAUGAGUCUUUGCAUGAGUUUCUAGAAAGCUACUUGCUUUAUCGAAGGCGAUGGUACGAUCUUCAUCCGACUGGCGGAGUGGUGCCUGGAGAAGACGAUCUGAGCCGACGAGUUUUUAUGGUGCUUCUCCGGAUGUGCUCUGACGAAGAUCCUGGUUUGUCCAGGAUUAGUGCAGCUAAGUUUCGUGUGGAGGACAAGUUUAAUGUGGCAAAGCUCUUGAAUGUUUGCGCGAUCUAUGGACACGACAAUCCGGAGUUGACGCGGAGAUUGGUUAGUACCGUAUUGAAGUUCCAGCCUUCGUAUUUGCAGACCCUUUCUGACGUUGCUCGUCAAGUCCUUGCUACGAUCGAUGGAGUUAAUAAGCGCACUCUCGAGAGCAUUGGACAUUCAACCAACAAAUCCAACUCAGAAUUCAAGGACGAGCUUAUGGAGGCUGUAGUCUUAUUGCACGAUACAGUGAUGACACUAAACGCUUUUGUUGAGAUUUAUCCUCCUGCAGCGGGUUUUUUCUUGUCGGCAGAGCCUGCUAGAGACAAGAGUCUAAUGUUCUCUUUAUCGUGUGUCUACAACUCGCUGCUGCCGUCAGUAAGGAAACAAUCUAUUGGAGAAGAGCUUUCUCGAUAUCUGGACACACUCCAACGGGAGCUUGUGCAUUUUGCCUGGAGCCUUCUUUUCAAUUCCUUCUUUGGAGAUACAACGACUCGGAUGGAUUCCAAAGCCAAUGGAGAGGUCUUUGUGGACGCGCUGAUUGGCCUUUCAUUCGGCAGCGACGGAGCUAGUUUAAUACAUUCCCUAUCCAACAUGUUUGACUUGUCUGGGAACGUUCAUAGGCUUCUUCAAGAAGGCUCAAUUGUUCUCGAUGAUGGCCAAUAUGCCCAGUUACUUGCUUUGCUACCUGAUAUGCCUUCGACAAAUUUUGUUGAAGACAGAAAGCCACCAGUCAGUGUUUCUCACGAAAAGGAUGAAGAGGACGCUAUUCGUCAGUCACAUAUCAGUCAGAUCAAAGACUUGCUCCCUGACUACGAUGACGCGUUCCUUUCAGCAUGCCUUGAGGUGUACGACAGCAAUCCCGAGAUCGUUAUUCAGCAUAUUUUGGAAGGCACUAUUCACCCCGACCUGACCUCCACACCGAAAAAAGGUAAAGGGAAGCUCGUCGACUCAAAGAAAGAAGAUAGAAGCAACGUCGAUGCGAAAGGGAAAGGGAAAGCUGUCGAAAACCAAGCAAGCAAAGCACAGGGGCGGUUCGUAAGAAAGAGACAAAACAGGGACGACGAUGCAGCCACCAUUCUUGACGAACGAGAUGCCGGCACGUCCAAUCAGACGGCAAAGCUAGCAAUGCAGCUGAUGUAUGAAGACGAGUAUGACGAUUCUUUUGACGACCUUGAUACGAACGUGGCGGAGGCGGGUCUCGAGACAGACAGCCUGGUGAAUCUGUUUUCCCGCACAAAACUUUCUUCAGAUUCUUUGGAGGACGGACAAAAAGCCAAGCCUUUCUCUGCGAGCCAGAAACAAGAACCGUCUGGAAGGCCGCAACGAAAGCAGGAAGCGUCACGAUUCUUUGUUAAAGACGGGAAGCACUACAACUACAAAGUCGCUGGCGCCGUGGCAGUCUCGAGUCUGGAAGAAGCGGAGGCCUUGAAAAAGCAGGAGGAGGGACUCAUCUACGGGCUUGGUCGGGGUGGUAACGUUCCCGCAAAUUCUGAUGGUGAAGAUGACAAGGAAGAAGAUGACGGAGGAGAAGAUGACAAGGAGACAGCGAAGGGUACCUCUGCUGCAACGCAACAUCGUGCUCACGGGGAAAGGGGAAAGCCACCAUACAGGCCGCAGUUUGCGACCAAAAAGAACCACAACAAAAAGGACUUGUCCUUGAAGAAGCACAUGUCUGGACUGAGAGGGAGUUAAGGUAUUGUCUCAUUUUCAAGUCAACUGUUUCGAUUAUCUUCGAUCUUCUCCAGCUCGAAAAACGCUUCUAUGAAAUGUAACUUUUUGUCUAGAAUAAAGCUGCUAAUAGAAGGUGCCAAGCUCAAACUCA